CUUUAAUCCAUGGCCCAUAACCCCAACCCGAGAAUCGGGAAACUCAAUUCAGUUACUCCGACGAGGCGAGGCGAGGCGAGGCGACGAUCAUCGAUCAGAGGAGGAACUCACUCUCUCACAUUCAAAGAUUUGUGCUCAUUCUCAGAAUUGGUGAUCUCAAACGAGUUUGUGUUGGGAGUGUGUUCAGAUAUAUAACCAUAGCAUGAAUCUCUCCGGGUUAAAACUUUAUGGACUCGCAAAUUCCCGAAUUGGAUUCUCAAGAAUGAUAUAUUUGUAAUCACGCACUGAGUUUUGUCAUGUUGUUAGAUGGACACUAUUUUUGACACACUUUUUUGAAGAUGGCAAGGAAGUAAAUGUUCCUGGUGUUGCUCAUUUGAGGUUUUUUCAGGUAAAUCCACAUGCCCCAUCUACAUUUUUUGUUGAUUUUGCUUCAAGGAACAACAUACACUUGCCACAGAUUGACUGGAAAGUUUUGGGUUCUAUAUGACUGUCAAAUAAGCCAGGUAUAUGUCAUAAUAAGUAUGAGCAAUUUUAAGAGCUGAAAACAAUAAAUAAUGGUAGAGGAAUGGAUCCAAGAUAUAUAGUUCUAUCAUGAUUUUUUGGAGAACUUGUUUGAGGGUGUUGUCGAGCUGCCUGAUAUCAUGAAACCUCUUUAGAAAUCUAUUGACAUUGUUGAUUCUAAAUAAUUUUCUGUCCAUACUUUAUGGGUUUAUACUUUAUACUAGAAGUGUUGAAGGAAGUGAUGCUCUUGAUUUUGGCAAUAGAAUGUUGAGUACAAUGGAUAAUUUUUUGUUGAAGAUUCUAAUGAAUUGAUCUUAGUAUGGUGCCUGUUCCAAGUUAUAUUUAGUUCAAAGUGUUUCUUUUUGGUCAUAUGCAAAUAUUGGAUUCAUGUUUUGCUGUAUGUUUGUUCCAAAUGCGUGCUAGGUAUUAUAUAUAUAGACUCUUGGAAGAUUUGUUGAUGAUAAUCUGAAUAUCAAUUAUAGAGAGAAUUAGUUCAGCUGGUUGUGGAUCAGUUCAGUUCUUUGGUUCAAUUUUUUUCCUUGCGGUUUCUUAUGCCGUCUGCUAGUAUUUGAGAUUGGAUCAUUUUGGGGAGUAGGGAGUGGUUACUAGUGGGGGAGAUUAUAUGGGAGUUUCAGCUUACAGUUACUAGUGGAUCUGUAUGCUGCAAGAAGUUAUACAGAGCAUCUGCUAUAUACCUUGUGAAUUUUCUCUGAUUAUUACUUGUACCUUGAGAUCAAUAACAGAAUGAGUUUUAGUCUUUGUCUUCUAUAGUCUUGUUUUUCUGAAGGUUUGUAAGUGGAAUACUUGAUAGAUAUGAGUCAAAGAAGCUUCAAGACUGUCCAGGUUAUUCUGAAGUUUUUGUCUACAGUAUUGAAUUGAUGUGAAGGCUUGGAAGGUACGGUAAUGGGAUCCAGGGCUUCACAAUUCGUUUAGAAUAGAGAGAAUCUACAAUUUUAAUAGCUCAUUUUAAUUGUUUGGUGAGACAGUAAAAAGGUUCCAAAGAUGUUCCCCCCAUAAUCUCCAAACAGGAAAAGGCCAACCCCUCUUUAUUUUUCUUCUGUUUUUUUUGGGUAUUUGGCAUUAGCAAUGCAAGUUUGGUAUACUUUUCCUUUAAGAGAUGAAGUGAACCGGGAUUCCUUAAUAGGGUAGGCAUAUAUAUAUAUAUAUAGUCUUAUAUAGGCACAAGACACAAAUGCUUUGGAGUUAGGAAAAGAAGAUACCUAACCUUGCCCCACCACUUAGAACUAGGUGCCCAACUUAAUUCUCUCCCUUUUCCCUCCUCUCUAGUCUCCAACUUCACCACAUAAAAAUUGCUGAGAGCCCAGAAAUCCAAAGCAAAAACGAAUUAAUGUUGUCAAAUCUCUGAUGGGUGGCAAUCACCAUAAUCCUCCAAUGCAAAAGAAGCUGAUAUCGCAUCGUCAACGGCCUACUCACCUUUUGAUCUGGUUUGCAGCCGUGAUCUGUGCAAUCCUAGCAGUGGCAGUGAUUAUUGUUGGCAUUGCAGUCUUCAUUGGUUACCUGGUGAUUCACCCCAGAAUUCCUUACAUAAGCGUGACUGAUGCUUAUCUGAAUGCAUUCCAGUAUGACACUGCAGGUUUGCUCGAAACGCAAGUCACGAUCGUUAUUAGAGCAGAGAACGAUAACCAGAAGGCGCACGCAACGUUUUCAGACGUGGGUUUCACUCUGGUUUUCGAUGGGAUUGUCAUAGCGAGGCUGGUUGCAGAAGCGUUUGAUGUGAGGAAGAACAGCUCCAUUGAUCUCCCUUACGUCGCGACGUCUCUGCCAAUACCUCUGGAUCCUGAACAGAUGGAGUAUGCGAGCCUUUCACUGAAGGAAGAUAGAGUGAUGUUCGAGCUGAGGGGGAGUGCAAGGGCUCGUUGGAGAGUAGGGCUUCUUGGAUCAGUCAAGUUUUGGUGUCAUUUGAAUUGUAAUCUACGUUUUCAUCCUUUGAAUGGUACCUAUGUACGCUCUCGUUGCAGUUCCAAGGCCAAAUGAAUUAUGAAUCAUCCCUCCCUCCCCUUCUUUUCUUUCA